AUUUGAUAUAUUUUCACUUUCGGUCCAAAAGUAUUAUAUAUUUGAGCAAGUAGUCCUACUUUUUUGGUUUGAAAUUGUUUUUCCCAUUACCGUUCUCUGCUCCAUUGGGUUCUUUCCUCUUUUCUCCCAGAUUCAUCAAUCCCUCCUGCUACCGCGAGAGAGUAACAACUCACCGGACGUUUCAAAUCCAUCCUCCGAUAACUAUAUUCGUUUCGUUAGAUCUAGAUCUGAGCGUCGGUGAGAGAUUUUCUGGAUCUGUGAUACGUUCCAGGAAACAUGGCGACGAUGAAAAGUUUGAUAGGUCUGAUAAACAAAAUCCAGAGGGCGUGUACUGUCCUCGGAGAUCAUGGCGGUGAAGGAAUGUCGCUUUGGGAAGCUCUCCCAACCGUCGCUGUCGUUGGUGGCCAGAGUUCCGGAAAAUCUUCAGUUCUAGAAAGUGUUGUGGGAAGAGAUUUUCUGCCUCGUGGAUCUGGUAUCGUUACAAGGAGGCCAUUGGUGUUGCAACUUCAUAAGACUGAAGACGGGACAACUGAGUACGCUGAGUUUCUUCAUGCUCCUAAGAAGAGAUUUGCUGAUUUUGCUGCUGUGCGGAAAGAAAUUGAGGAUGAAACUGAUCGUAUUACUGGGAAGUCAAAACAAAUCUCAAACAUUCCAAUUCAGCUGAGCAUAUAUUCUCCUAAUGUUGUUAAUCUGACGCUCAUAGAUCUUCCGGGUUUGACCAAGGUCGCUGUAGAUGGACAACCGGAAAGUAUUGUCCAAGACAUUGAAAAUAUGGUCCGGUCUUAUGUUGAAAAGCCAAAUUGCAUCAUAUUGGCUAUUUCUCCAGCAAAUCAAGAUAUUGCUACCUCAGAUGCUAUAAAACUUGCUAGAGAAGUUGAUCCUACAGGCGAAAGGACUUUUGGUGUUGCAACCAAGCUUGAUAUCAUGGAUAAAGGAACAGAUUGUCUAGAUGUUCUUGAGGGAAGGUCAUACCGUUUGCAACAUCCCUGGGUUGGAAUUGUGAAUCGUUCACAAGCUGAUAUUAAUAAGAGAGUCGAUAUGAUUGCUGCACGUAGAAAAGAGCAAGAAUAUUUUGAAACAAGCCCUGAAUACGGGCACUUAGCCAGUAGAAUGGGAUCAGAAUAUCUAGCAAAACUCUUGUCUCAGCACUUAGAGACUGUUAUCAGGCAGAAAAUCCCCAGUAUUGUUGCUUUGAUCAACAAAAGCAUCGAUGAGAUAAAUGCAGAACUUGAUAGGAUUGGGAGACCCAUUGCAGUAGAUUCAGGAGCCCAACUUUACACAAUUUUGGAACUCUGCCGGGCAUUUGAUCGUGUCUUUAAGGAGCACUUGGAUGGAGGACGACCUGGUGGAGACCGAAUUUAUGGAGUUUUCGACCAUCAAUUACCAGCAGCCUUAAAGAAACUUCCCUUUGAUCGACAUCUGUCUACCAAAAAUGUUCAGAAGGUUGUUUCAGAAGCAGAUGGUUAUCAGCCGCAUCUUAUUGCUCCUGAACAAGGAUACAGAAGGCUCAUUGAUGGAUCCAUAAGCUAUUUCAAAGGACCAGCUGAAGCCACUGUCGAUGCAGUGCAUUUCGUAUUGAAGGAGCUGGUCAGAAAGUCAAUUUCAGAAACAGAGGAACUGAAGCGUUUCCCGACUCUAGCAAGCGAUAUAGCAGCUGCUGCAAAUGAAGCUCUUGAAAGAUUCAGAGACGAAAGCAGGAAAACGGUUUUGCGUCUGGUGGAUAUGGAAUCUAGCUACCUCACGGUUGAGUUCUUCAGGAAACUCCAUCUUGAACCCGAGAAAGAGAAACCAAACCCAAGGAAUGCCCCAGCACCAAACGCAGACCCCUACUCCGAUAAUCACUUCAGAAAGAUCGGAUCCAACGUGAGUGCAUACAUAAACAUGGUCUGCGACACAUUGAGAAACUCUCUUCCCAAAGCUGUCGUUUACUGCCAAGUUAGAGAAGCUAAGAGAUCGCUUCUCAACUUCUUCUACGCUCAAGUUGGCAGGAAAGAGAAGGAGAAGCUGGGUGCUAUGUUGGACGAAGACCCACAGCUGAUGGAACGAAGAGGAACCUUAGCUAAACGGCUAGAGCUUUACAAACAAGCUAGAGACGACAUCGAUGCAGUGGCUUGGAAGUAAGGGGGUUUGCUAAGACAUAUUCUUUAUAUUGUUAAUUUCUUUGUUCGUGUGGGCACACUGCAUUAUAAUAGAUAUGUUUGGAGUUCUAACUUCCAGUCUACACAAACAUACACGCGACUACUCAUGUUUUCUUGGGUCGCUAAUUUCUAUCACAACUUUCCCACUUUUUUUUGGUGUGUAUCUUCGAUUCUUGAAUACUGGUUUUUAGAACAGUUAAGACAUAUUUUGAAGUCGCACUCUUUACAUUAGACAAAAAGGAAGCUAAUCUUUGAUUUUUAUUCAA